CCAGCCAGUGCAGCCCCAAAAAAAUGUGCUGAAAAUUCUCUAGAUUUCACUUAUUAAAUGCUAAACUUUCUUUCUAAUAUGAAAGAUCCCUCAACUCCUCACUAGAACUCAGACUUAGACUGGAAUAUAUUUUAUAUAGAUCUGAGUCUAAGCUGUAUUUCUGUUAACUACUUUGUCUAAUAGCCAAUUAUUCUACUUAUCCUGCGAAUUUUAACUAAAACCAGCACUGCUGACAGCUGCUCAUUUUUCAUUGCUGAAAAAGGGUAAGGUUCAGUAUUAUAUUCCGCACAUGCUGCAACUUUUCUCUGGCUUAGUUUUCCUUCACCAUCACCCGGGAAAUUCACGAGCCGUAGUCAUCAGCUUAAUCAAGUUCUUCAAGUAGUUCAUGUUCCCGGGGGAGUUAAUUACCCGAGUAUUUAGCAUAUAAUUAUGGAGUUCACCUGUUUUCAUCAUCGCCUGUCCGUGUCUGGUUCUCCAUCCAAUCCCCCCCAGAAAUGGUCCCUUGAGGGCAGGACAAACUUGAUGCCCCGCCCAUUGGCAAUUCAAUUUUCCUUUACGACCGAACAACAACAGCAACAGGGGGAAAACUGUUGGAAAAAGUAAUCAUCGUUGCAAUUGUUUCACAUUUUUCACAUUCUGCCUCAGAGGGGAAGAUGAAUGCCGGCUUUGAUGAUGACGACUGAGGUGAGAUGGGAGUCCUUUUUGGCCGCCCACAACUACUCAUCGUGGGAUGCCUGUAGACGACAUUUUCCCACUUUUCCCAAUUUUCUUUUCUUAUGACUAAUGGCAAGCCUGCGGAAUCGAAUUGUGGCUCUCCAUUGGAGAGUCAGCGAGCUUAAAGAGUUGCAAAACUGAUGCCAACCCUUAGUCAACUCAUUUUCCUGGCGUUCUCUGUAUUUUAAUAAUACACCCAAGCGCAAUCUCUUCAAAAAAGGCGGAAAGCUCGAAAAAAGGAACUUGAAAAGCCCGAAAAUUGUAAGGAUGGAGUUGUGGUCCUGCGGACAUCGUUUGCGAAAACAAAAGCGAAAUUGUCAACUGCUGGAAUAUGGGAAUGGGAAACGCAUGUCGAAAUUCGCGUGGGUUUCAAGUUUUACAGGACGAAUUUAAUACAUUUUGUUGACGUUCUAGAAGGGAUGAAUUCUCAAUUACAGAUUUCAAGGCUGCUGGAUUUUGGCUAAUAAUAAUGCCUAACUGUUUGGUUUAAACAAAAUGUGUAUCAGUCAUGUAAUGAUCGCACUAGAACUAGUAUUAUUUGUCAAAUAAUUUGAGCUCACAAUAAUAGUGAACAUACGAGUAUACAAGCCCUUUAAAAAUGAAGUUUGGCAAGACUCUAGAUAAUCUCAUGGUACCCGAGUGGCGACAUCAGUACAUGAACUACAAUGAGCUAAAUCAGUUGAUACGGAAUGGCGUGAGCAAUGCGCCCAGUGGAGCUCGGCCAAGUAAUGAUAGUGUUAUCGGUUACUACAGGGACUUCGAGGAGCUCUUCUUCACCACCUGCAGAGGUGAAUUGACCAAAGUAAAUGACUUUUUUGCCCACAAGCAGGCGGAAGCGCAUCGCAAGCUGGCCACCCUCAACUACCAACUGGACCGUCGUCGUGCACAGCAGGAUCCUCGGGGAUCGUCGACAUCCAGGGGCUCAGCUUCGUCAAGGACUCGCCAGACGGAGGACAAGCGCAAGAUGCCGCCCAUCAAGAAGCUUCGUCUGGCCAUGAGCGAGUUUUAUCUGAGCCUGAUAAUGUUGCAGAACUAUCAGACAUUGAACUUGACAGCCUUUCGCAAAAUCUGCAAGAAGUACGACAAGAAUCUGAAAUCAGAGGCUGGCUUUAGCUGGUACGAGAGAUUCGUUCUGAAGUCGACUUUUGCCAUGACCUUGCAAUUGGACCGAAUGAUUACGGACACGGAGGACCUAUACACGGAAUACUUGGCCAAUGGAGACAGAUCCAAGGCCAUGGCCAAGCUUCGAGUGCCGCCAUUGGGCCACCAAACUCCACCGGUUCAUGUCUUCAGCGCCGGUCUCUUUCUCGGUCUUUUCUUGGUGGGAGCUAUCAUGUGUAUUAUAUCAUAUUUCUCCUUGAAUUUGAGUCCAGAGCUUCGCUACACCUUUGUCAGUCUGUUUAGAGGGCCCAUUUCAGGCGUGACUUUCGGCUUCUGUCUGGCUUUGAAUAUUAAAGUGUACGAGAACGUGGGCGUCAACCACGUUUUAAUCUUCGAAGUGGAGCGCAGGAGUGCCUUGGGAGCCAUGGGGUCCUUGGAAAUAGCCAGUUUCUUUGGCUACAUGAGCACUCUCAGCAUUCUGCUCUACUUGCUCCACAAGGAGUUCUUUAUUGCGGAUCCGAACUACAUACCGCUGGUCCAGCUGGCCGUUGUAGUUGUGCUCUUCGUGAACCCCGUUCCCAUUCUUUUCUACUCAGCCAGGAUGUGGCUAUUGACCGUCAUGGGACGCGUCCUUUUGUCCCCCUUCUUCUUUGUGAACUUCGCGGACUUCUGGGUGGCGGAUCAGUGGACCUCUCUGGUGGUCAGCAUCGUGGACCACUAUUACCUGGUCCGGUUCUAUGUGCGAUACUUCCUGGAUCGGAGUGAUGCCUUCGAGUUUGAACCGGACUACGCGGUGGCAGUCAUCAGAUGUUUGCCUGCGUGGUUCAGGUUCGCUCAGAGUCUUCGAAGAUUCAGGGACAGUGGGUCCAAGUCCACGGAUUAUCUGAUCAACGCCUUAAAGUACUUUUUAUCCAUAGGGGAAGUCGUAUUUUCAACAAUUCAAAUGCAAACAAUUACCCAAUAUACUGAACUAUUUGAGAGCCCCUGGACUUGGGCUUAUAUAACAAUUUGCAUUGUUUCGUCCAUUUACUCUGUGUUCUGGGAUUUGCUGAUGGACUUCGGUUUAUUCAGAGUGUGGAAGGGUGAGAACCUAUUUCUACGCGACAACUUGGUCUACCCCAGGUGGCUGUACUACUUUGUGAUCGUGGAAAAUACGCUGCUUCGGUUCGUUUGGAUCUUGGAGUUUGUCCUGGUCUAUCAGGAUGUGUUGGCACCGUACAAUGGGAAAUCGUUGAUUUGCUUCAGCGAGAUAGUGAGGCGAUUUUUCUGGAACUUCCUGCGCCUGGAGAACGAGCAUUUGUAUAAUUGCGGGCAAUUCAGAGCCACACGGGACAUCUUCAUAACGAGGCUGGAUCCGCAAGAGGAAAGAUUCCUGCAGAGUGUAAUGGACAAUACGGAAGAUUUGGCAAGGGAAAAAAGAGAUAAAAAGUACUUUUAAGGUGCCAUCCAUCCAUAUU